AUGGUGUUACCUAAUAGAAAUUCGCCAGAAGGCAUAAAACGUCUUCGUGAAAAUAUCAAAUCAAUCUUCUUAUCACAUCAAUCAUGGAUUGAAAAUCCAUCAAUAGCAAAGUCAUCGAGAGAAAUUCAGAAACGAAUCCAACUACUAGAAGAAAAGUAUAGAGAGCUUUCUGAACUCAAUAACGAACUUCUCCUUCAAGAUGAGAGUGAAACUAGUGAAUUUGGUAUAGCGAUGGAAUCACUCUAUCUUGAUCUUGUGUCUAGGCUAGAAACCUUACUAGAUGAUCGUAAGGAAGACGUUCUUUCCGCCAAUGGCUCAGAGUACCGUAGCUGUGCUAAUAAUUCUCCAGCAGUUCGCCUACCAAAGCUCAACCUACCACACUUCAGUGAGGGUGCCGAAUUGUGGCCUAGUUUUUAUCAGCGUUUCACUUCAAGCCUACGUGCUCCCUACCUCACCGACCUAGAUCGAUUCCAAUACCUAGAUACCUGUCUCACAGGUGAGGCGGCGCAAGUUAUAGCAAACAUUGACAUCCUUGAAGAGAAUUAUCAGCCUGCCAUAGACCUACUCCGUCGUAGGUAUGAAAAUACACGUCUCAAUUUACGUCUCAACUUACGUAAAUUAUUUUCGUUACCGGCGGCGGCCACUAGUAACUCUCCAGCAGCUCUCAGAGAUUUAUUGAGCGUGUCUCUCUCUACGGUGCGUGCCAUCGAGAAUCUUGGUUUCAAGAGAGACGCGUUAGCAAAUGAGCUUAUCGUACAGCUCAUUAUAUCGAAGUUAGAUUCAAAGUCCUGUGAGCUCUGGGAGACCUUGCUGGCUAAGCAGCUAGCUAAAGAGUUAGCUCUAGCCAAGGCAAAUCUCGAAGGCUCAACGGAGGAAAAAGUCGUAGAGAGUGACUCAUAUGAAGACCUCAUGAACUUCUUAGAAACUCGAUUACAAGUCAUCUCUGCAGUUUACUCCAAUCCAGCGAGUAAGACACCAGUCUCAUCCGCUAUAGCCAAACCCAAGCAGAAAUCAGUUCUUGUCACUUCAGUGCAGCAGAAUUCAGCCAAUACUUCAGCUCCUGCCUCUCAGCAGCACUCAGCUCGUAGUUUUCAACAGAAUGGUCAGCCUAGAGUCUGUACUGUGUGCCAAGGUCCUCAUUCAGUAUACCAGUGUCCUAGUUUUCAAGGCCAGAGUGUCGACGAACGUUAUCAGACCAUUCGCAAGCUGCGCCUAUGCGCAAAUUGCCUUUCUUCUCGCCACUGGUCAACUGCCUGUACUUCAUCGACGUGCCGAAAGUGCGGCAAAAAGCAUCAUACUCUCCUUCAUGGCGCCAAUACUGGCGCAGUGCCGUCCGCCCCCUCAGCAGCUCAAGGGAGCCCAGCAGUCAAUAGUACAACCCAGUCUUCAGUAGAUUCUUUGUCAGCGGCGGCGGUCACCCCUUCCUCACCCAGCAUCUCUUCAGUAGUCUCAGCAGUCGCGCAUCGUCAGGCCUCCGGUGUCCUCCUCGGCACCGCCAUAGUUAAAGCCAGCUACCAGCAUCGUAGCUCCUCAGCAACAGUUCUACUUGAUGGUGCGUCCCACGUGUCGUUAAUCACGCGACGCCUUCAACAAGAGUUACAGUCUCCACUAGCAGCAACGAGUACAAACGUCACAGGUGUCGGUAACUCCGCCACAUUUGUCCGACACAAGACAAGGCUGUCUAUCACCAAUCGAGUAGGCACCUUUAGUAUCGAUAUUUCUCCGCUUGUCGUCGACCAGAUUACAGAACCGUUACCAACUGAGACGUUUAAAACCAGUAUCGAUUGGGGAUUCCUCAGCGGUUAUGAACUCGCUGAUCCUCAGUACAACGACCGUAAGGAGAUUGACCUGCUUAUCGGUGCGGACCUAUUGUACGAUAUUCUGCUACCAGAUUUCCGUCGCAACGUCAACGCACCUGUGUUGCAGUCCUCUUGUUUGGGAUGGCUUCUCAUUGGGCCAUACCUUUCCGCUUCAGUACCGAAACCAACUCAGUUACAGUGCCAUGUAACACUCGCUCGUUCAGAGCUUCUAGCAGUCAAGCAGUUUUUGGGCCUUGACGAGCCCCCGCGCUCCAAGGACUCCCUCUCAGUCGAAGAAAUCACCUGUGAGCAGAUUUACAAGGAGACACACCAACGAGAUCCAGUUUCAGGCCGUUUCACCUUGACCUUGCCCAAGCGUUCCAAUAAAACGUUGGGCGACUCUCGGCAUCUAGCUAUCAAACGCCUCCAUAGAAACCCAAGUGCUGAAUAUCAGGCCUUCCUCAAGGAAUAUGAAGCUCUUGGUCACCUCUCUCGUUGCCUACCACCACAGCCGAACCAGAUUACGUAUUACAUACCGCAUCAUGCUGUUUUCAAGGAUGGUAAGAUACGAGUCGUUUUCGAUGCGAGUAUGAAGUCUAGCAACGGUGUCUCUCUCAAUGAAUUACUGCUCACUGGUCCGUCAAUUCAGCCCACUCUGUUCGAGAUUCUACUCAGAUUUUGUUUGUUACGUCAUGCCUUCUCAGCCGACAUAGUUAAGAUGUUUCGUCAGUUCCUAGUUACAGCCAGAGACCGUGACCUCCAACGCAUUGUCAUGCUGGACGAGUCUGGUCACAUCGUCGACGCCCAGUUGAACACCGUCACCUACGGUACAACUCCAGCUAUGUUCCAGUCUACUCGCAGUUUAGAACAAAUCGCCAAGGAUGGCGAAUCCCAGUAUCCGAAUGCUGCAGCUGUGUUACGCCGUAACACUUACGUCGACGAUGUUUUAUCUGGUGCCGACACUCGGCAAGAUAUGGAGAGCUUGCAGGCAGAACUCAUUGCUCUUUUGAAGACUGCCUGCCUAGAACUCGGAAAAUGGCGAAUAGUAAGCGACACGUCAGCUCCCCAGCCUCUCUGUAACGACAAUGAAGGUCGCGCACUUGGUGUUCACUGGAAUACCAACACAGAUGAAUUCUCCUUCCCAGCUUUAGCAAAAUUUUAUACUUCUGGUCAGCUCACUCGUCGGUCAUCUCUCUCACAAGUUUCGAAAAUCUUCGAUCCUCUUGGCUACCUAGCACCCAUCUCAAUUUCGGGUAAACUUCUCAUCCAAGAGCUUUGGGGAGAUUCCAUCAGUUGGGACGACCCAGUCAGCGCCGACUUUCAACAUAGAUUUGAGAAAUUCAUCUGUGAUGCCAUAGCUACAGCAUCUCUCUCAUUUCCACGCUUCAUUGGCUCUCCUAGUAACCCAACGUUUGAGCUACAUGGGUUCUCAGAUGCCAGUAAGUCAGCCUACGCUGCCUGCGUCUAUUCACGUUUUGUCAACAGCAAUCAGUCGGUUACAGUCCGUCUAGUCGCCUCCAAGACUAGAGUAGCUCCUCAGCGUCAGCCACGUACUAUUCCAGAGCUCGAACUUUGCGCAGCAGCCCUUCUAGUUGAGCUCUUGAAUAGCGUUUCAGCAGCCAUACAGCACCCCGUCAGUAGCUGUAAGGCAUACACCGACUCAACCAUAGUUCUGGCUUACCUAGCCAAGGAUGCGACCCACUGGGUCCCAUACGUUGCCAAUCGCGUACGCCGAAUUGUCAAAUCCGUUCCAGUCGAAUCAUGGCGCCACAUACCAGGUGAAAUCAACCCAGCAGACAUAGCAACCAGAGUACAGUCCUUCAGCGAGUUCAAGUCUCGUCAAAAGCUUUGGCUAUGUGGCCCAGAUUUUCUACAAGAUCCAGAUAGUCUUCAGUCGUCUCCAAUAGAAUCCAGUGCAACAGUCUUAGCAUCGAUAGCCACAUCAGUUCCAGUCACAGAAAGCCUCAACGUCGUUCUCUACCUACUUCAUCGAUUCUCAGAGUAUUCCAGAGUUCUCAGCGCAGUAAUGGCUCUACUUCGAGUCAAAGCGUACCUUGUUGCAAAGGUACGCAACACUUCAGCUCCAGGUGGUCAGUUCUCAGUCAAGGAACGUCGACGCGCUGAAUUGAUCAUCUUACAAGCAGUUCAGACCGACGCUUUCAAUGUGGAACUCAAAUGA